UAAAGCAGAGCCGGUUACCGCCCUCGUUCCCUCACAGCUUAAUUACAGUUCACCACAUUUUCCUCUCAGAUUUAAAAAAAAAAAAAAGCAAAAAAGAAAAAACAGCUCUCUUGUUAAUCAAGGUCACGUAAAAAAGACUUGAGAACCAGCUGAUCAUGGCCAAUGAGCGCUACAUCGAAGAGGCCGAAGUUCGAAGCUGUUUAUUAGAAAGCAAAAAUUCCAUGGAGAAGUGGGUGAAUUCGCCGGAAACAGUCACGGGUUCGGACGAUAAUCCCUCAGCCGGUUUUGACUGCAACAUUUGCCUCGAUACUGUGCAAGAUCCGGUGGUGACGCUAUGCGGUCACCUAUAUUGUUGGCCUUGUAUUUACAAAUGGCUUCACUGUCAAUCCAUCUCCACCGAAAGCCAUGACCAAAAACAGCCGCAAUGCCCCGUAUGUAAGGCCGAAGUUUCGGCUUCGACAAUCGUACCACUUUAUGGUCGGGGCCAGAUGAGUAUGGCAUCAAGAGGCAAGGCUCCCCAACUUGGCAUAGUCAUUCCAAAGAGACCUGUUGGUCCUGAUUUUGGCACACCAAGAUCACCUAAUAGUGCCACUAGUCCACAAUUUACACAUCAAAUACAUCACCAUCACCAUGGCUAUUCAUAUCAACCACAAGUGUCCGAUUAUCCGUCUUCGCCGAUGCUUAGUCCCGGCGGCACAACGAUGAACGUGCCGGAUCCAGUGACCCGAAUAUUCGGUGAAAUGGUAUACGCAAGGGUAUUUGGGGAGUCAAUUACGAACUUAUAUGCGUAUCCGAAUUCAUACAAUCUUACGGGGAGCACCCCUAGGAUCAGAAGGCACCUAAAGCAAGCGGAUAAGGCACUAAACAGAAUAAGCUUUUUCCUCUUCUGUUGCUUAAUCAUAUGCCUUCUUUUAUUUUGAUCUAUUCGGUUAACCGACCGUUAUGUAUAUAUACAAAUUCCGUCAGAUGUACUAAUUAGCUUAGGAGAUGUUGCAUCUCCUAUGCUACGAUAUGAUAUUAUAUAUGAAAUUACAAGUUUUGAUCGA